AUGGGGAAAGGGCGAAAACAUAUACCAAAACGAAAUUUUGCAGAGAAACGGCGUGAGAAACAGAAGGUAUAUAUUUAAUUAUUAAAUAAAUCUCUCGGUUGCGGAGAUUUGCAAUUAUGUUUAUGUUAUACUAUAUACAUAUCAGUUUCUUAUAUGUUAAAAAUAAUUAAUUGCUAACAAAGUUUUUUUUUAUAUAAACGGUAUGUAUAUGAAAUUUUUAUAAAUUAUACAGAAGAAAGACGAAUGGGAUAUUACUCCACAUCAUAAUUAUGCAGACAUUAUCAGAGAAAAUAAAGAUUUUGAAAAUUAUUAUAAAACUGAACAAAUUGUUCCUGAAGAACAAUGGGAUUCUUUUAUCAAUACCAUGCGGAAAAAUCUUCCAGUGGCAUUUAGAAUUACAGGCUCAAAAGUAGAAGCUAAGGCAUUACUUGAAACUAUUAAGGGAGAUUUCUUUAAAGGAAUUUUAACAACGCAUAUGGAAGAUGAUUCAAAGAAUAACGAAGAAACUAAAUCUAAGGAUAUAUUACAAUGCUUGCCAUUUUAUCCUGAUGGAUUAGCUUGGCAACUACAAUUAACUAGAAAAGAUAUUAGAAGAUCUGAAGCUUAUUUUAGAUUACACAAUUUUUUAAUUGUUGAAACAGAAAGUGGAAACAUUAGUAGACAAGAAGUAGUUAGCAUGGUGCCACCUUUAGUGUUGGAUGUAAAACCUAAUCAUAAGAGGGAUUUGUAAUAGCUAAUGAUCUUGACAAUAAUCGUUGUUACAUGCUUGUACAUCAAGCAAAAAGAUUAAACAGUCCAAUUAUUUUAAUUACAAAUCAUGAUGCAUCAGUAUUACCUAAUUUCACUAUUACUAAGCCAGAUGGUACAAAAGAAAGAUUAAAAUUUGAUAGAAUACUUGCUGAUGUACCAUGUAGUGGUGAUGGUACAAUGAGAAAGAACCCUGAUAUUUGGUGUAAAUGGAGUCCAGCAAAUGGUAACAAUCUCCAUGGAAUUCAGUUUAGAAUAGCAAAAAGAGGCUUAGAACUUUUAGCAGUUGGAGGAAGGAUGGUAUAUUCUACUUGUUCAUUAAAUCCGGUAGAGAAUGAAGCAGUACUUCACAGGCUUCUUGUUGAGACUGGAGAUUCUGUUCGAUUAGUUGAUUGUAGAGAUUUAGUACCUGGAUUAGUGUGCGAUCCAGUAUGAGGAUAUUACCACACCAUCAAGAUACAGGUGGAUUUUUUGUUGCUGUUUUGGAGAAAGUAGAUCAUCUACCAUGGGAACGCAUAUCACAGAUGAGCAAUGAAGUUACUCAAGUGAUUGAAGAUGGUAACACUGAAUUGAGUUUGGAACAAGAACUGGAAUCGAAGAAUAUACAUGAAAAGAAAACAUUUGACAAUGACAAAUUAAUUGAAUCCAGAAGAAAACGUAGAAGAAUUGCUCGCGGGUUUAAGGAAGAUCCAUUCGUUUUCUUCAACGAUGAUAAAGAAGAAGUCUGGUCUUCUAUUAAAAAGUUUUAUGAUAUAUCUGAUGAUUUGGAUCCUCGCUGUUUAUUGGUGCGAUGUAUUGGUAGAAAGAAGAAAAAUAUUUAUUAUACAUCACCCGAGAUACGUAAUGUUGUGUUAUCUAAUGAAGAUCAAAUAAAAUUAAUAAAUACUGGUGUAAAAACAUUUGUACGCUGUGACAAUAAAAAUAUGGAUUGUCCAUUUAGACUUGCACAGGAAGGAAUACAAAGUAUUAUUAAAUAUAUUGGCGAUAGUAGGAAAAUUAGGAUAUCUAAAGAUGAUCUAAUAAUGUUAUUACAAAACAAUAGUCCUCAUACACCACCUGAAAUUGUGAAACUUAAUCCAGAAACGCAACAACGGUUACAAAACUUUGCAACUGGAAGUUGUAUACUUGUAUAUGAAGAAGAAGGAACUGAAAAUCCAUUAAAGUUACAGAUGGUAGGAUGGCGAGGUACAAUGUCCCUGAGAGCAUAUGUUCCUGUACAUGAUGCAAUUCAUUAUUUACGCUUAUUAAGAGCUGAUUGUUCGAUGUAUGAGAAAAAUAAAUUCAAAGAAAAUCGUGCUUCUCAGGAAGAUUCUAUAGUUGCGUCUGAAAAGUUGAGUGAUGGGAUUACUAGUGAUGCUGAUGCAAUGGACGUUGAUAUAAAGAAAGACAUAAAAUCAGAACCUUCGGACGAAUUAAAAGAAUGA